AAACCUGAAGUUCCCAGCAAAUCACACUUACAGAUGGAGAGACCUCGCCGCUCCACCGGGUACUACGCUCGAGUCAAACCCGACGCGACAUCCCGAUCCUCCCCGCUGCUGGCCCGCUACAUUUAGCGGCUUGUGUCGACUUUCUGCGGGCACAGCAUUCUCCCCUGAAAAGGCGCUCUUAUACCGAUCACCGUUCCAUCGUCGCCCCCAUUCACACCUACCCCAGUGUGCAGGUCACCAUGAAGCCCUUAUUCCGCUCUGUUCGGCUAAGCUCGAUGGCGCUCUGGCUGACGGCGCUGUUUGCGGCUCUUGCCCGCACGGUGCAUGCUGCGGGGCCCGUGGUGCGCUGUGAGCCGUGUGACGCCAGUGCGCUCGGCCAGUGCAAACCGCUGCCACGUGACUGCGCUGAGCGGGUGCGCGAGCCGGGCUGCGGCUGCUGUCUGACGUGUGCGCUGCAUGAGGGCCAGGCGUGCGGCGUGUACACGGGACGCUGCGGCUCCGGACUGCGGUGUCAACACCGGCCCGGUGAGAGCAAGCCCCUGCUGGCGCUGCUGGAGGGAAGGGGUGUGUGCACCAAAGCCAGGGACAGAAAUCUCCCAUCGAGAGUCGAUCACCCUGUUGAGGAACCUGUAGAGGAACAUCUGCACACCACUACCAUUGCAACGGUCCUCAAGCGCACUGAGGUGGCGCAUGACACAGCGACAGGUUCGGGGGUUGGAGAGGGUUCGCACAGAACAGCUGAGCUGGAGCCUAAAGGGCCUCUGCUCAACACUAAGCUUGGCAUGAUCCAGAUGGAGGAGUUUAAGCAAAGCCAGAACUACAAAGUGGAGCCAGUGACCAAUGGAGUUCACUCUGAUAUCCACAAUUUCAGCCUGGAAUCCAAAAGAGAGACUGAGUAUGGCCCAUGUCGCCGAGAGAUAGACAGCAUUAUGAAGAGUUAUCAGAUAUCCAGCGUGAUAAACCCUCGAGUUAUUCGCCUUCCAAACUGUGACAGGAAGGGCUUCUACAAGAAGAAACAGUGUCGUCCAUCCAAAGGCCAUAAACGCGGUCACUGUUGGUGUGUGGACAAAUAUGGACAGGCUUUGCCUCUGCCUCUGCCAGACAAAGACAAUAUCAAAGGCCAGUGUUACAACCUGGAAAAGAAAUGAGAAAGUCAGGAGAGACUGAAGGAAAGUGGGAGAGGGAGGAAGAUCCCCUCUGAAUGGUAGGAAUCUACAGUGGAAAGGGGGAAAGGGAGGUUUUUAAAGGAGGUGCCCUAUUUCUGAGCACCCCACAUAUGCACCGGAGCAGGGACUCAUCAGGUCACUUUCACACAUCAGGGGAGUAGAGAGAGGGGGCAGGGGAAGGGAGGGGAAGAUCUGCGCUAUUCUAUUUUUAUUAUAGCCCAGUGAGGGCACCAUUUGGAUUACACUAACAAAAGAAAUGUCUAAAUUACCCUUUGGGCUUCAUUACCUUUUGGUUAUGACUGACAGCUUCUUUAGUAUAUGGGUUCGACUGAAAGUAGGUGGUUGUCCCUUUCUCUUUUCUGGUGAAAUGAAGCGCCUUGAGUAAAUCACUGCCAUGACUAUCACUGUCUCUCUUGUAGCAUUGCGUCCUGUCUCUGCACUUCUGGUGUAAGACUGUUCGAAAGCAUGUGGGCAUGCUCAGUUGUGUUGGCCUGCUCUUGCCAUUGGCUCCAUCAGAAGCACAAGCACUUGAUGCACUUUGGUCCCUCACUGAACAACUACCCCAUUCUAAUACAGUGGCCAUGUCUUGCAACACGUCUAAGAGCAUUAUGAAAGUGUUUAAAAUUUACGCUAUUCUAGGACCUAUUAAUCACACUGAAGGACUUUUUAUUUUAUUUUUUAUUUUUUUCAAAAAGUCAUUUCAGUGUUUUGUUUUGUUUUCAUUUUCUUUUAUUUACUGCAUCACUUAUGUCCAUGUAGGAAAAUAACUACAUGAACUUUCUGAUACAUGUUUUCCUACCUUUCGUUUUUGUUGUUCAGCUGGAACUCAGAGAGAUUUAGCAAAGCUACAAUUGCUUCCAAUUAGAUUCCAAAUGUAUAUAAUACAUACCUUGUUAUUUAAUGCACUAAAAUACACCACAGAGCACUUGACACCAUAUUGUUCCCAGUGCUGAAAAUGUAGAUCGUGUCAUCUUGUGCAUUUGCACAAACUACACAAGAAUUGUCCUUUGCAAGAAUGCAAGAAUAUCUAGCAUUAAUACUGCGUACUGGUUCGUAUGCACUCCAAAGCUUGAUAAUGAUCACUGGCAGGUACUUCAGAUCAAAAUUUGACAAGUAACGAUCAUUAUUUAGUGCUCUGUCUCUUUAAACACUGUCCACCUAAACUAAAAGCUUACGGAUCAGCUCAGUAACCCUCAUUAUUUAGCUUGUAAUUAUAAUGCAGUAAAGAUGUUGGGAUUUUUUUUUAUUAUUAUUAUUUCUUUGUCUGACCUCCUGAGAAAAGACUUGAAAUAUGGAUGGUGCCGGAGAGGUAUCCUCACUCCCAGUAGCUCAGUAGUACAGAAUCAGCCAAAAGCUUGACCCCUUAACACCCUCCCAAAAAAAAAUAUACAAUACAAAAUGUACAAAAUAUAUGUACAUAUUUAUAUAAACUAUAUACAAAAAAAAAUGACUUCAAGACAUGUUGGUGCUACACCUUUUCUUGUAUCGCAAAUAGAUUUUGGGUGAAGAGUAUAACAAAGUACAAAAUGGUUGUCUCCUUGAACUUGUGUCAUUUCUAUAUAGCUAGAUAUAUGUUUCGUUUUUGUUUUUUGUUUUUUUCUGGCCAGCUUUGUGUCUGAAAAGGCAUGUGAACCUUAAAAUAUUGAAGUUAUUUAUCUAAGAAAGGCAUAUAAGCUCAUCCUUUUCUCUCUUUUUUGAGGAUUAAGUGACUCACUGAUUGCACAACAGGUAAUAGAAUAGAACUCAACAUAUUUUGGGAAUAUAAUCACUAACGAGUUUUGAGAUAUUAUAUCAACAGUGCAUUGUACUAAAAUGAUAAGUUAAGAGAUGGUUCUGUCCUCGGUUACGUCGUCUAAUACGAGACGUCUUCAGGUUUCAACGGCUAGAUCUAAGCAAAAGUCAAUCUGAGGGACCUUUGGGUUAGAAAGAUUUAAGCUGUGUAUUUACUUAUUUGCUUCAAAUUAAGCUAAAACAACAUGAAUGUUAAAAAGAAAUUGAUCUCGGUGCCACUCUUAACCUUUCUGGGGCCUGAAGCAGAAUUCUGCUUAUUCAUAAUUACACCAAUUUCAUGCCUCUCCUUUAGUUGAAUCUUCUGUGCUGUAAAUCAGCUUUGAUUAUGAUUACACUAUCUAUUACCGUAUCUAGCUCCUGUAUCUGUAAUCUGUUUUUAUUUUUUUAUUUUUUUUUAGCAAGGAGGCAGCAAUUCAUACGAAUAAUGAUUAUGGAUAAUAAAUCAACAUUAAUAAUUCAUUAGAUAUAUACUAAUACUAAGCUAAAUAAUAAUAAUAAUGAACAAUAUUGUUUAUUAGCAUGGCAGGCCUCAGGGGUGGUGAAAGGGGGAACUGCACAACUUGAAAAGUAUACAUGUAGGAAGGACCAGCACUGGUUAAGGUCAUGCUAAGCUAUCGUUUAAAAGCUCCACCUUGGCUUAUAUUAAAGCUAAUGCAAAGUUGAGUUGAGAAAAGAAAUAAACUUGCCGUUCCUCAUUCUGUUGUGCAAUGUUAGGGCCACUUAUAGCCGCAAGUCACUUUUAAGGAUCUCUCCAUUCACGGGUAAUUGUUCUUUUUUUUUUUCUUUUUUUUUUUUUAUCAUUGAAAGAUUUGUUAAAAAAAAAAAAAGCUUUUCAUGUUACUAAAAUAAAUAUUACACAACUAUGCCUUUCUUUAAGAAAGGAAAAUGGUUUUGUUCAUAUAUGAUUUGUAUUUAAUGUAUUUUUUAAAAUAAAAAUAAACACUAUUUUAAUUUAUAUAUGACUUCAGGUCUUUGUUUGAGUGCUCCUUUGCUUGUCAUUGCUCAGUAAAAUUCAUAAUCAUAAAUACAUGAGAAGACUUGCCAAUUAUUUUAGAUUUUAGUCAAGAUAAAACAUACUAAAAAAAUAUAAACAAUUUAUUAGACUUAAAACUCUAGCAAGAAUGUCAUCAGUUAAUCGACAGAUUUCUUUGUUUGGAUCUUUGUAAAAGAAAUACCAGCAUUCUCCCAACAUUCAUAACAUUUUUUCUGAAAUUUGUUUUCUGUGCUUGGAGGCUAAAUUAGGAAAGUGUAUUCAGACUGCAAAACUUUUGGGCACUUGACAAACAUGUUGACUAUUUUCUUGGGAGUAGCUUUAUUUGAAACGGACAACUCUUGUGGAAUGAGAUCGUAUUCACUAUUCCUGCCGGGCAUGUUAAGCGAAUAUUAUAUUUAAACCCAAUAAAGGAGUUAUUAUUCUUCAUCCAGUCACCAUGACACUGCAUUUUAUAUAGAGGCUACAACUUACAAUGGAUUACUGUACAAAUCCAUUUCACAGAUUCGGACAGAUCCGCAUUUCAAAUGUCACAGAUUUUGGAUAAUGUGACUUGUUGCUCCUGUAUUUAAUUGUGUAAGAGUGCAAAAGAUGGGAGGGUGUAGUGAAUGGUGCCAGAGAGGCUGCUUGCUUGGGCAGUAGGAGGGGGUCAUUCCUGUGCCCGACCAGCACAAACAGAGAGCAGGUCAAAGGCACUGCAGAAAGCAGAGCUUGGUUCCCCCAAAUUCCGAGCUAAAAUUAGUGCACUGUUCCGUUGGCGAUUACCAUGAUAAGGAUGCACAAGCCUGCAAAUAGAGUUCUGCCCACAGGCAAAUUUUUAAAAAAGGCACACAGGAACAUAAUCAUGAGUUGGCUAGGUAUAUUUUGAGAGAAAGAACGAGAAUUUAUGGCUUAAGGUUGUUUCAGGUAUCAUACCCUGUUGACACCAUGUUUGGCAAAUUAGGUUUAAUGCUUAAGGCACACCGGAAGCACCGGGGCAGUAAGUGACACCAGAAGAAAGUCAUUUUCCCCACAAUUUAUUAAAAAGGCACACACAUAUAUUAUAUUUCAUAUAUAUACCAUUUUAACAAUGUACAUCCACCAAAUACAACCUUAAGUGGUCCUAAGUCCAUGAUCAAAAAGCCACACUGGCAAAAGCAAAGUCUCUCCGAAAUAACAAAGACAAAAUAAAUCUUCAAAAACAGAGGUAGGAACAGGUAGUUACCCGUUUCAGAAGAUAUGAAGACCAAUACCCAUCAUGCACUGCAGUAUAAAAUAUGUGAAUGUUUUAGUCUUCAUCACUUAGUUGUGCAAUAGUGGAAAAGAAGUAAGACAAAAAAAAUGUCAAUAGUGUAAUAACAGAAAAUGCAUGGAAGGCUACAUGUAGUGACAAUGUGGUUUGGUCAUGCAGUGCUUUUUUCCAUUAAGAGUCCUACCAACAGUGCGUUGGAAAAAUAAGACAACUGACACUGAUAAAAACACACUGAACAUAGACAUUUAUACAUCAUACAAAACAAUAAUAACAAUAAUAAGGCAUAAGGUAUAAAUAUUUUCACCCAAACAAUUAUAUAGGAAUACAUUCAGUUUAAAUAAAUAUGCAUGGAUGUAUUAAGUAAAUAUAAACAUAUUAAUACAGAAUCCUUUCAGAAACAAGAAAAUAAAAUGCAAAGAUUUGCUUUUUGGUGGGUUUUAGUGAACUAAUAUUCACUCAUUUAAAACAGUGUACCUGUAUAAAACAAAAACCAUGUAAGCUACAAUAAAUAAAUAGAAAAUAGAAAAGAAAUCAGUGGCAUAAUGUGUGUGUGUGUGGAAAUAGUCCAUGAGUGGAAGAGUUCCUUAGGGCCUGGAUGUGUGUGCGGUUGUGUGAUCAGUGAUUGAGCUCCUGAGGGCACUCAGCAUCUGUGGGUAGUUCACUCGAUCCCACAAUCUUUUUUCCAUUCCACGAUGUCACACACCAGCACUUCCCCCUCUGGCCAUCCAGAGACGAUUCACACUGCAGAAAGACAAGAAACUGUGUUUGUACAUAUUCUGACUCUGGCACUUUAAAGUGUGGAUCAAAUACCAAGUUAGUGUGUAAGAGCUGCAUAGUGUUGUGUAACUUCACAAAGCAAUUACAUCAGCCUAAACAAUGUGUGUGUGUGUGUGAGUGAGUGUGUCUUUGGAAUAUAUUUCAGUUUAGCCUCCAUUUCACACAAUUAACUUGGCAAGCACACGGUUACUUGUGUAUUCUUUUAUAGUUUAAGGUUUAUAUGUUACUGUUAAACCGUUACAACCAUCAGAUAUGUUACUGUUAAACCGAGAAUCAUCUUUAUCAGCCUCUAUGCUUACCUGUUUGGCUUUGUACAGGCCUUGUUUAUCACAGUUUGGCAGGUAGAACUUGGUCAGCUUCUCUUCCAGCUUCUGUUGGGAUCGAGCAAUCUUCUCAAGAGCUCUCUGCAACUCCAGAUGACAGGGGCCCUGAGACAAAAGGGAAAGUCAGUCAUUCCAACACGAUCAAAUACAUAUCUCGUUAUACUUAUAGUCAGACCUCUUAAAAUGUCGCACAUUUAAUUUAUUUGAAAAGUUACAAACAUCAAAAUUAACGCUAGAUACAAGGUUAUCUAGCUAAUGAACUAAGCAGAAUUGACCAUAAUUGUCAUUUCUACAUUACUUUCAUGAGCUCAGGUUCACUUAUCCUAUUGCACAUGCGUUUGGAUUAUAACUUUCAGUAGUAGCAUAAUGCUGUAUUUGUUGUUCUUCUACUAUAAGAGGUGAUGUAACUACUCUCCCAAUAUCAUUCAGCAAGCUCACUGGAUGCCCAGCCUAAUACCGGUAAAAAGUUUACAAACUUGUGCGUCAAGUCUGAUUUUUUCCAAAGUGUUAUCCUGCCCUCUAGUGGUUAGAUAUGAUACCUUCAUGAAACUAGAUGUCCCCGGUUAAUUUUUCUAACACUAGGCUGCUGCUUUCAAUUAACAAAAUUCAAGCGUUUUUAAAGCUUCGGUAUAGUGUCCCCACCUGCUCUACAAGUUUCCUCCGGUAGGUGUUCACUUUGGACUUCAUGCUCUCCUGUGCGCCGCUGAGGAGCCACGGGUCGUAGGGCUUGUGGACCGACAGGACGAUCGGUGAGGCGGCUUCGGGACCAGCAGAAGCCUCGCUCCGACCAUCACCCUCCGACUCGUGCUGAUCUGGAGGAGAAAAGUGAAAGAGUUGUUCUUUAAGCAUGGAGACUCUUUGAGCAUGGGGAUCAAACAAAAAUACUCCCGACACUAAUCGGCGGCUCGAAGAAGUGCAAACGCACAAGCAUCUUGUCUGCCUUCUUAUCCGUUCUUAGUCUAGCGACAGAUAAAGCUCGUGAAAAAGGAUUUUGUAGGACAGGCACCCUACCUGGCGAAUGGUGCGUGCGGCUCUGCACGUCCUCCACGAUCUCAGUGCACACGGCUUGGCCCCUUGUGAGGGCAUGCAGCGGCCGCAGUUCUCCAGGUGUGGGCAAGCAGCGCAGCCCCGAGCCGCACGGCGCCGUAUAGAUGCCGCACAGAUCCCCGCGCUUAAGCGCGCACGCCAGACAGCAGCCACAUCCCGGCUCCCGCAGCACCUCUGCACAACCAGCAUCCACUGGCGGACACUCAGCCACGCGCUCUGCGGUGCACUGCGCGCACCGGAUCGGCUCCAGGAGCGGAGAAG